AUGUGUGUCACUGGUCACUUUGUUGAUUCAAAUUGGAACCUUCACAAACGACUUCUUAGCUUCAUACCUCUACCUCCUCCACAUGCUGGUCAUGAUAUCUUUAAUGGGCUUAUGAAGUGUACAAAAGAUUGGGGGAUAGAGCAUAAAGUCUUCACUAUCUCUGUGGGCAAUGCCUCGAACAAUGAUUCAGCAAUUCGAAUUGCUAAAGAAACAUUCUCUAAGAGUCGUAAGUUGCAAUUAGAAGGUAAGUUGUUUCAUGUUCGGUGUACUACACAUAUAUUGAACCUUGUUGUUCAAGAUGGUCUUUCUGAGAUUCAAAAUAUUAUUGAUGAUGUCAAAAAGAGUGUGCGAUUUAUUAACCAAUCAGAGUCUAGGUUGAGAAAAUUCUCAGAUGUUGUGCAUCAUUUAGGAAUCCAAGUAAAAAAAUUGAUCAUUGAUUGUCCAACUCGUUGGAAUUCUACAUAUGAGAUGUUAGUUGAGGCAUAUAGAGUUAAGGAUGCAUUUCCUAUAUUUAAAGAGGGUGAACUUUUUUAUCGUCAUUGUCCUAGUCCUGAUGAUUGGAAAAAAGUGAAGGAUGUUAUUGAUAUUUUAGAGGUUUUUUAUGAAGCGACUAAUGUAAUUUCUGGAGUUGAUUAUCCUACUUCAAAUGUUUAUCUUGCUGUUAUUUGGAGAGUCAAGCAUGUAUUGAAUGAAAAAGAAAAUCAUGUUGAUGAGUUUAUUCGAGUGAUGAUAAAAAAGAUGAAGGAGAAAUUUGACAAAUAUUGGGGAGAAUGCAAUCUUUUGAUGGCAAUUGGAGCGAUACUAGACCCUAGGUUCAAAAUGAGAUUGGUUGAUUUUGCUUUCGGUAACAUAUAUAGUAAGGUUGAAGCACUUACAAAUGUGAUGAAGGUUCGAGAAGUAUUAUAUAACUUGUUCUUUGAGUAUGUUGAAGUUGAUCAAUCAAGAUCCCGAAAGUCUACUACUUCAGUACAAUGUUCUUCUACAUGUGCGAACUCCACGUCUAAAGAAAAAUUUGUGCCUUCUGGUUUGUCUAUGUUUGAUCGGUAUUUGGAUACUGUUGAGGUUCAUGAUCCUCUAAAGUCGGAUUUGGAUAUUUACUUGGAGGAAGGGGUUUUCAGAACUCAAGACGAGGAUACAAGUGUACAGUUUGAUGCCUUGGCUUGGUGGAAAUCUCAAGAAUUAAAGUUUAAAAUUCUAUCCAAGUUAGCUCGUGAUGUUCUAGCUAUCCCUAUUAGUACAGUGGCAUCAGAGGCUACAUUUAGUGUAGGAACGCGAGUGUUGGAUCCUUAUCGAUCAAGGUUAACAUCUGAUAUGUUACAAGUGUUGAUUUGUGGAGCAGAUUGGGUUCGUCAAAUUCAUGGGAUCAAGAAACCCCUUAUGACAUAUGAGCAAGAACAACCGAUCAAUGUCAUGUUGCAAACCACUUGA